GUUUGUCAGCCACCAUGUAAACAUGGAGACUGUGUAGGUCCCAAUAAAUGCAAAUGUCACCCUGGUUACACCGGAAAGACCUGCAAUCAAGAUCUAAAUGAAUGUGGACUGAAGCCUCGACCCUGCAAAUACCGUUGUAUGAAUACAUAUGGAAGCUACAAGUGUUAUUGUCUGAAUGGAUACAUGCUCAUGCCUGAUGGAUCAUGUUCAAAUGCACAUACUUGCACUAUGGCAAAUUGCCAGUAUGGUUGUGAUGUAGUAAAAGGAGAGGUUCGCUGUCGAUGUCCAUCUCCAGGAUUGCAGCUUGGACAAGAUGGGCGAACAUGUGUAGAUGUUGAUGAGUGUGCAACAGGAAAAGCCGUAUGUCCUCGGUUUAGAAAAUGUGUCAAUACGUUUGGCAGCUAUAUCUGCAAGUGUUAUCCUGGAUAUGACUUAAUCCAUGCCCAUGGGAAGUACCAGUGCUUUGAUAUUGAUGAAUGCUAUACUGGGCAGUAUCAGUGCAGUAAUUAUGCAAGAUGCUACAACACACCAGGAUCGUACAAGUGCAAAUGUAAUGAAGGCUAUCGUGGAAAUGGAGCAGACUGUACACCCUCUAUUACAGCCAAGCCUUAUCCAAAGACAACUGCUAAAACUACAACCAGAUCACCACCAGUGACUAGGCCUGCGCCUAAUCCAGUGACAAGGCAGCCUCAAAAGCCAGUGACAAGGCCUCCUCAGCCAGUAACAAGGCCUCCUCAGCCAGUAACAAGGCCUCCUCAGCCAGCGACGAGGCCUCCUCAGCCAGCAACGAGACCUCCUCAGCCAGCAACGAGACCUCCGCAGCCAGCCAACAAGGCCUCCGCAGCCGCCAACAAGGCCUCCGCAGCCAUCAACAAGGCCUCCACAGCCGCCAACAAGGCCUCCCCAGGUUGUGACCAGACCACCUCAACCAGUGACCAGACCACCACAACCAGUAACAAGACCUCCACCAAAACCAACGACCACCACAGUCAUGUGUUUACAGUUCCACAUCAUGAAAACAACAUAUUUUACCAUUUUGAUGUUGAAAGAGGGCUGAGCGCAGAUGAGAAUGAAGAAAACGAUGAUCCAGGAGUAUUGAUCCACAGCUGCAAUUUUGACAAUGGACUAUGUGGCUGGAUUAGAGAUAAAGACAAUGAAUUACACUGGGAGCUGGUCAAAGAUGCUUCAGGAGGACAGUAUCUAACUGUCAUGCAACCAAAGGGAAAAUCUGGAAAAGUAGCUCGCUUAGUCCUUCCUCUUGGACAUCAAUCACACCCUGAAGAUCUUUGCCUAUCAUAUAGACAUUUUAUGUCAGGAGUAAAUGCUGGAAAACUACAAGUCUUUGUAAGAAGGUCUGGGGCACAUGGGCCUCCUGUAUGGGGCAGGAAUGGAAGUAAUGGUUGGGGAGAGACACACAUAACCCUGCCUGGGUCUGGAAUCAAAAGUAUAAUUUUCAAAGCAGAAAGAGGCAGAGAUCGAACGGGACAACUUGGCCUUGAUGAUGUCAGCUUAAAAAGAGGCCAGUGCACUAAAGCAUAA